CCAUUUUGUGUUUGAUUUAUACAUCCAUUCAUUCAUUCAUUCAUUCAAUUGAAUUGAAUGYAAACCAAAMGCAAACACACGACUAAUAGAUAGACUCAUGAGUUGUUGUUAUUAUUAUUAUUAUUGUUGAGUGAAUCCAAUGAUCAGCUAAUAAUCAAUUUUGUUAUUUGUGUUGACACACACCGUGUGUCCAAUCAAUGAAUCAAUCGCCACAACAGUUGUGAUCGAUUCCCGACAAGACAUCCAAAGACAUGCAGACAACGGCAACAAAGAUAACAACAACAACAACAUCGGCAGCAAAAGUCCGUCCCAUUUGAUCCAUCCAUCCAUUGGUCUUCAAAUAUCAUAUACCGUCUCACUACUGCAGUCCAUCCAUAUCAUCAUCACUUCAUAUAUAUCAGUACUCCGAAGAAGAUGUUGCGGUCAUCACAUUUGGUAAUUGUCGUCAUCGGAGUCAUACUAUUGCAAAGUUGCUUUCAAUCGGUUGUUGGCCAAGUGAUGUCCGUAUCGGUAUCCGAAACGGCCAACGAUCUGAUGAAUGGCCAACUGUUGCAUCACGGAAAGUGCGAAAAGAUAACGAUUCCCAUUUGCAUCGGUAAUAUCAAAUACAACGAAACAAUAUUCCCGAAUAUACUGAACCAAUUGAAACAAGAAGACGCCGGACUCGACGUCCAUCUCUAUAUGCCUCUCAUCAAAGUCCAGUGUAGUCCCGAUUUGUUGACAUUUUUGUGCUCAAUCUAUGCACCCGUUUGUACGAUACUGGAAAAGCCGUUACCUCCGUGCCGGUCGCUAUGUUUGUCGGCCAAAAUCGGUUGCGAAACACUAAUGAAUAAGUUUGGCUACAAAUGGCCCGAAUAUUUUGAUUGCGACAAAUUUCCGACACUCGAAGACCGAAAAAAAGGCAUUCUAUGCUUCGGUCAGGACAGUGACCAAAAACCCGACCAACCAGCCUAUACGGGUACUGGUGGCGGUGGUGGUAGUGUUAGUGGUGCCGGUGUGGCACCGUUUUUCAACAAUGUCAUCACCAAAUCGUGGCCAAAAUCGUUYGCUAACACCACUACUACCAUCAGCCGAGAUCUUGGUUUUGUUUGUCCCAUCAAUUUUCAGACACCCGCCGGAAUGGAUUACGUAUUUCGUGUUCAGGGCAAAGAGCACAAAAACUGUGGAGCACCGUGCGAUGGCCUACUGUUCAACAGUGACCAGCGCCGGCUAAUCAGGGUAUGGACCGGUAUCCUAGCACUGGUCUGUGUUUUUUCCACACUAUCAGCCGUCCUAACCUAUCUGAUYGAUACGUCACGCUUCCAAUACCCGGAACGUCCGAUCAUCUACUUGAGYCUUUGCUACUUUUUUGUCGGUCUCGUCUAUGUAAUCGGCUGGGCACUGGGCGACACUGUCGCCUGUAACCAACCGUUUCCGGCACCCGACGGUCAAGUCAACGUCCAAAUGGUACGGACCAUAACUCAGGGAAACAAACGAGAGUACUGUACUCUUUUGUUCUUAAUUUUAUACUACUUUACAAUGGCAUCGGCUGUCUGGUGGGUCAUACUUACCAUUACAUGGUUUCUGAGUGCCGGACUCAAGUGGAGCCACGAAGCCAUCGAAAGCCAACAACAUUACUUUCAUUUUACUGCGUGGACAAUACCGGCCCUGAAAGCAAUAGCCGUACUGGCCAUGCAUAAAGUCGAAGGUGACGUACUCACUGGUGUCUGUUUUGUCAGUCUCUGGACACAAUCAUAUUUGGCCAUUUUCGUACUCAUACCCCUACUCAUCUAUCUGGCCAUUGGUGUACUGUUCCUGACCACCGGGUUUAUAUCGCUCUGGCGUAUUCGUACGCUAAUGAAAAUGGACGGUACAUUCCAGACGGAUAAACUGGAAAAACUAAUGUUCCGUAACGGCCUGUUUUCCAUACUCUAUCUGUGUCCGGCUAUACUAUUGUUGGCCACCUAUUACUAUGAACACAAAAAUAUCGAUUCGUUUCUGUUGUCGUGGCUAACAGAAGUCUGUCAUCGGCCAGAGUUUGGUAUUCCCUGUCCGGUACCAAAACCAGACCAAAAACCAAUGAAACCCUAUCUGUUUGUAUUCAUAAUCAAGUAUAUGACAUGUCUGAUGCCAGGCAUUACAAUGAGCUUCUGGAUCUGGUCGGAGAAGACAAUGAAAUCGUGGGCAAAAUUGUUCAAAAAGAUAUUCUGUCUCAACACCCGAACAGAGGCUUAUAUAUAGUACAUAACAUACCAAACAAAUCAUAGAGAGAGAGAGAGAGUAAUGCCUUUUUAAAAAUAAGUUUUUUUUUUGUUAUUAUUAUAACGCUUUUUAAUAAUUAUUUAAAUGAAUGAUUGUAUAUAUAUUUAUACAGUAUAUAUA